CAGCGCUCGAGCGCGGAUGUCUCUUCUAAUAAAUCGGCUAUUGGAAAAAAAUAAAUAAAUAGAAAUUCAUAUAAAAAGUGCUCGUGUUUAGAGUUCGUAGUUCGAAAACUAUCCAAAUGAGGCGCCAUAGCCAGGCAGCGGAUACGCAACAUAUAGUGUCGUCGUCCUCGCAGCAGGACACACCCACUUUAGUGUCCCAAUCCCCAGAUACAUAUUCGAAUGGAUCUACCGCACGACAGGAGCAGGAGAAACGUGAGAUCGCAGGCGAUGCUCAGGAAGAUUUUGGCUAUACUCAUACGCUGAUGUAUGGCAGGUAUUCUAGGGAUCUGCAACAAUUUGCUGGCGAUGAGGCCCGAAGAUUGCGCAAGCUCGCCAAGUUGCGCAAACAGGAGGAUAAGCUUAGAAGUCAGUUGCUUCAACUGGAAUCAAAUGAGCCCACGCGUCUGCACAGCAUGUCCUCCUGGGUCUGGCAUCAUAUAUCCGAUCGCCUGAGCAAGGAUUGGAUAUUUCUAACAACCUGUGCCAUUAUCAUGGCCGUCAUAUCUUUCGCCAUGGAUGAAGGCAUUCGAUUGUUUACUGCAGUACGUUUUUGGUUCUACAAUGAUAUUACCGGAGAUCCAUUUGCUAGGUAUUUGACUUGGGUUACAAUACCUGUCUUGAUGAUCUUGAUUACAACUACGUUUAUACAUUACUUGGCUCCCCAAGCUGCAGGAUCCGGAAUACCCGAAAUGAAAACCAUUCUGCGUGGCGUUCCCCUCAAGAACUAUCUCACGUUUAAGACCCUGAUAGCCAAGGUAUUGGGUCUCACAUUCGUUUUGGGCAGUGGCAUGCCACUGGGCAAGGAGGGUCCCUAUGUGCACAUUGCCAGCAUUGUGGCGCAUCUGCUUAGCAAGAUGGCCACGCCCUUCCGCAGUAUCUAUCAGAACGAAUCACGCAGCACCGAAAUGCUGGCCGCUGCCUGCGCCUUGGGCCUAGGCACCUGUUUCGCAGCACCCAUUGGAGCUGUGCUCUUCAGCAUCGAGGUGACCACCACAUACUUUGCGGUGCGCAAUUAUUGGCGUGGUUUCUUUGGCUGCGUAGUGGGCGCUUCGGCAGUGCGCCUUUUGGCCGUCUGGUUCCAGGGCGCUGACACAGUUACAGCCGUCUAUCCCACCUAUAUAAGCACAGAAUUUCCUUUUGAUUCGAGGGAGCUUGUCUUCUUUGCCUUAACUGGAGCUCUUUGUGGACUGCUGGGCGCCUCCUUUGUCUGGGUCCAUAGACAUUAUGUGCUCUUCAUACGUUCCAGCAAGAAACUGAAUAAGUUUCUACAAAAGAAUCGUCUCUUAUAUCCCGGUAUACUGGCUCUGCUAAUAUCCUCACUGACCUUUCCGUUGGGCACUGGGCAGUUUCUUGGCGGGGAUAUUAGCACUGAAGAUCAGUUGACGCAGCUAUUUAGCAACUUUACCUGGACAGAAAAAAACCUUAGUGAGAAGCAGGCGAACAUUGUCGCAAAGUGGUCAACCAAGUACACGAACAUCUUUGGCAAUCUCAUAUACUUUACGCUUUACCAUUACUUUUUAUCCAUUAUUGGCUCCACAAUGGCCGUGCCGCAUGGCAUGUUCAUUCCAGCUUUGAAGAUUGGCAGCGGAUUUGGCCGUUUGGUGGGUGAAUUUGUCGCCUGGAUCUUUCCACUGGGCAUGCGGUAUGGCGAUUGCAUGUCCCCCAUUAUGCCCGCAGCGUAUGCGAUUGUGGGCGCGGCUGCCUUUUCCGGCUCGGUGACUCACUCGAUUUCUGUGGCUGUUGUGGUGUUCGAGAUUACCGGACAAAUUGCGUUCGUGGUGCCCGUCCUGGUAGCUGUGCUGGUGGCCAAUGCCGUGGCCUCCCUGCUGCAACCCUCCAUGUAUGAGAGCGUCAUUAUGAUCAAGAAGCUGCCCUACCUGCCCGAUCUGCUGUACACUAACUCCUCGCUGUACAACAAGCAUGUGUCUGACUUUAUGCUGCACGAUGUUAAGUACAUUUGGCAGGGGAUCACCUACCAGAAGCUCAAGGACGUGCUCAGAAUGAACAAAAAGCUGCGAUCAAUUCCACUAGUGGAUAGUCCAGAGAAGAUGAUACUGCUUGGCUCUGUGCAGCGGCAGGAGCUGGUGAAAUUGAUCGAAGAUCAAGUUGGACGUGAAAAGCGCAUGGAAAUGGCUCAAAGAUGGCUCACGGAGGAGCUCAGCGAUCAAGCCACCGAGCGACGACCAUCACGCUUUGAGGUUGUGCCUGCCCAGGAUCCGCAAAAAUCCAAUUUGAAGCAGAGUAAUCAGCAGUCGAACGACUCGCUGAACAGCAACUCCGAAUCCCGUUUGCGUUCGACCUUUCAGUCUGUAUUUAAGAAGUCCUCGGAGUCAGAUCUGGAUCUGGAAAUCGGUACCAAUGAGCACCUGCAGCCGGUGACCAGUCCCUCAAAGCGAGUACACCUCAUCGGCGAUCGCGUUGUCGAUAUGUCACCCGAGGGCAAAAAGCUUUGGGAACUGGAUCAAUUGAGCAAACCCAUAGACUUUUAUAAUUCGGCGGCCCGCAUUGAUCCCUCGCCCUUCCAGCUGGUGGAACGCACCUCAUUGCUACGAGUGCACUCCCUGUUCUCCAUGAUGGGCGUUAAUCAUGCCUAUGUGACCCAAAUUGGCCGCCUUGUGGGCGUCGUCAGCCUGAAGGAGCUGCUCAAGGCCAUUGAGGACAUCAACAAUCAGCGCUUUGAACCAUCAGUUCGUGAGCAGCAACCGGAUGUGAAGCCCUUGCUGGCUGGCAGUUCCAGUGACGAGGGCGUCAAUAACACCAUCACCUCGGUAAAUUCAAUAUCUGGCGAGAUUCGAGCAAAUCUUAGGGAGACACAAGGAAUUGAGCCACCCAAUCAUGGCACACACACCUCUGUCUAGCCAGAAAACUAAGAGGAAUCAUGAACUACAUCAGUUUACAUAAGCCCCAACCAAAUUUUCCUAAUAUAUGACACAAUAGAGUUGAACUUCAUUGGUUAUACUAAGAGUAUGGAGCAGGACUCGAAAUCACAGUUGUUAUUAAUCAAACAACCUAUAGAAAUUAAAUCCAAAUGACUGGACUCAUCUGGUUUAGAAUGAAACGAACAUUAGCAGUACUAAUACCCUGUUUUUAAGAGCAACAAAUA